UACCCAGUCUGUUCUGGGUCAUUCAAACGCUUACUUCCGCCUUUCAAAAAAAAAAAUGACGACGUUCGUUCACAGUUUCAGUUCUCGGCAUGUUUUAUGUUUAGAUCAUGCCCAUUUCAAAACUGUCGGUGAUCUUAAGUCUUAUCUUACGACCGAUAAAGGAUUUCCAAAGGAUGGCUCAUUUUUUGUGUGUAAUGGUAGCAUUGUGAAAGACUCUGAACCAGUCCAGAAAAAUGCUGUCUACCACACUCACCUUAGACUUCCUGGUGGAAAGGGAGGUUUUGGAUCUAUGUUGCGUGCCAUUGGUGCACAGAUUGAGAAAACAACCAAUCAUGAGGCUUGUAGAGAUUUAAGCGGACGUAGAAUGAGAGAUGUUAACAAUGAAAAAGAUUUGAAAGAAUGGUUGGGAAAGCAGGCGGAGAGAGAGCGUGAACGCGAAGAGAAGCGCCAGGAACGUCUUGCCAGAAGACGAGCCAUGCCAAAUCAUAAAUUUGAUGAUCCAUUGUAUGAUCAACAGAGAUCAUUACUGGCUGAGAAUCAAGAAGAUGCCUUACAAACAGGGUUGAAGAAGUUUAUAGGUAAGCAAGGUGCAUCUGCAACUGUGACGUCAGAUGAAAUGCAGGGAGUGAAGAGAAAACCAGAGGAGCAGGGAGCCAGUGGGUCUGGUACCUCAAAGAAAAAGAAAGAUGUAGAAUGGCUUGGUGUAGAUAUAGAUAACAUAAGUGACCUUGACAGUGAUGAAGAAACCUUCAAUAGUAGUGAUUCAGGGCAAAACAACAUGGUUCCAGGCUUACAUAAAGGUGACCAGUCUAUAAACAAAGGAAGUGAUUCAGAACAAAGUGAAACAUUCAAAUUAUCAAAUGAUGCACAGAAUUCUGUUGAAAAUGACACAAUGUCUUCAAACAAUGCUAGUGACAUUUCAGACAUUAAUCAAUGUAAAGACACUGGUGUUAAGAACAACAUAUCUGACACUACAUCACAGUCUGAGCCAUCAGCAGAAUGUGAACAGGAAGAGAAGCCCCUAUGUCUGGAGGAUGUUGCCAAUGUGAAGGAUCUGGAAGCAUUUGGUUUGGAUAGAUUAAAGCAGGAACUUAUGAGCCGAGGUUUGAAGUGUGGUGGUACACUGGAGCAGCGUGCUCAAAGACUUUUCUCUGUGAAAGGCCUGACGAAGGAUCAAAUAGACUCAGAUCUGUUUGCAAAGUCAGCUAAUGGGAAAAAAGUGAAAAAUAGAAAGUGAAACUAUUUCAAUGGCAGACAUUAUUUACACACAGGAGAGUUAUUAGUUAAAUUGCAGAAUGUUGAAGCAAUUGUCCAUUAUAUUAAAUUAUUUAAAAACUUUGUACAGACAUAAAUCAAAGAAAUGUUUUUUUUAAAAAAAACAACAAAAAACAAACUUUUAUUAAAUUUCUUCAAGAUAGAAUUCUUAAGCACCUGAAGGUUAAAAUGAAUUUUUGAACAGCUUUUGGCAAUUUAAAGUUUUUAGAAAUGUAAUUUUAAUGUAACAUAGUCAAAAAGUGAAAUGUUCAAAACAGUAUUGCAUAUUGAUUUUAAAUUGAAUAAAAUUCAUUACAUUAUA